CUGCGGGGAGCGCAUAGCACGGAGACUGGCAGAGCGGGGAUCCCGGGGCUCUCCGUGUCCCGGGGCAGCAGCACAGCGCAGCGGGGGAGCCGAGGAGGAGCCGGGCGGCAUCUCAGCGCCGCGGGAUAUAGGAGCUGUAUUGUAUGCGGGAGACACCGGAGAGGAGCCGCACGGACUGCCCGGAGGUAUUUGUUAGGCUCUGAGGAGCGCCCACCAUGGAAUUCCAGUUUGCCUUCCUUCUCGUUGGACUUAUUGCAUUUUGCGACUCUGCACGAGGUCCUCCACGCAUUUCAGACAAAGUGAUCCACCGGCAAACAGUGAGGUUAGGAAGAACCAUCAAACUGCUGUGUCCAGUGGAAGGUGAUCCUCCACCUCUUACAAUGUGGAUGAAAGAUGGACGUUCAAUCCAUAGUGGUUGGACCAGGUUCAGGACUUAUACUCAAGGACUGAAAAUCAAAGACGUGGAAAGCGAGGACGCGGGAGGCUACCUUUGCAAGGCCACCAAUGGAUUUGGAAGCAUCAAUGUGAAUUACACGCUCAUCGUCAUUGACGACUCCAGCGCAGGAAAAGCCAACCAACCCCCUGGCGGGCACAGUCCGGAUUUAGAGGAAGUCUCCAACAAGCAAUGGGUCCGACCCCGGUUUACCCAACCGGCAAAAAUGAGGAAGAGAGUCAUCGCCCGUCCGGUGGGUAGCUCUGUUCGUCUAAAAUGCAUUGCCAGUGGAAAUCCCAGGCCGGAGAUCACUUGGCUCAAGGACAACAAGCCUUUGACCACUCAGGAGAUUGGCGAGAACAAAAAGAAGAAGUGGACGCUCAAUCUGAAGAGCCUCAAGCCAGAAGACAGCGGCAAGUACACGUGUCAAGUGUUCAACAGAGUUGGGCAGAUCAACGCAACGUACAAAGUAGAAGUUAUCCAGAGAACAAAAUCGAAGCCCAUACUUACGGGCAACCACCCGGUCAACACCACCGUGGAUUUCGGGGGCACAACGUCUUUCCAGUGUAAGGUCCGUAGUGACGUGAAGCCAGUGAUCCAGUGGUUGAAGAGGGUGGAGUAUGGCACGGAGAGCAAAUACAAUUCCACCAUCGAUUUCGGCGGCCAGAAAUUUAUCGUCCUACCCAACGGAGAUGUUUGGUCUCGGCCUGAUGGUUCCUACUUAAAUAAACUCAUCAUAACACGGGCAAAAGAAGAGGAUGCUGGGAUGUAUAUUUGCCUUGGCGCCAAUACAAUGGGAUACAGCUUCAAAAUUGCAUUUUUGACUGUACUGCCAGAUCCGAAGCCUCCCAUUGCACCUGUGAGCAUGUCGCCCAGUAGUCUUCCGUGGCCUGUGAUUAUCGGGGUUCCAGCCGGGGCAGUUUUCAUAUUCGGAACUAUUGUCCUAUGGCUUUGCCAAACCAAGAAGAAUCUAUGUUCUCCUCCGAGCGCGGCCGUUGUUCACAGACCGCAGCCAAGGGUCUGUAUACCACAAAUGGUAGACAAAGAAUGCAUCUCCUCCAUAAACUAUGAGGAGUACGUUGCUCAACAGCAACAUUUACUUCCCCAAGGACCUAUUUUGGCCAAUGGAAUGGCGUCAAAAAUGUACCCAAAGAUUUACACGGACAUCCAUACCCAUACGCACUCUCAUGUCGAAGGCAAAGUUCAUCAGCAUCAACAUAUUCACUAUCAGUGUUAAAUGCUAGAGAAAAAUAACUUUUUUAUUCUGCGGUACCUCACACAGUCUGCCUGGUUUGGCCUACACUGCCAGUAGACAUGAAUAUGUUAUAAUUAAUGGAUUCAUGAAGGAUGAUAGAAUCUCCGUGUAAUUGGGGACAUUGUUGCUGUUUUUUAUUUUUUAUUUUUAUUAGAAGCACUGUGCUCCACCAACAAGGGGGUUACUUCUCAUUUAGUGCUGUAACCCGCCCAAGGGUCACUCAAGCUCGCUAGUUCAGUUCACAUUUGUGCCUUUUUGGUUGGCCAAGCUGAAGGUACUGGUCAAGGUUUGGACUUCCGAAAGGACCACUGAAGUAUGGAAAGUCAACCAUUGGACAAACCUGCAUGAAGGCAGUAUUUCUUAGCAUUAGAGUUAUGCUAGCAUGUUCAUCAGUGGAGAAUAGUUUCUUCUUGAGUGAUUUAAUAUUCCUCAAAGAACCUGUUUCUGUUUACCCUGAAAGACCCUCUUAGUCAAGUCAGACCAUGUUCUCUACACCUUGUGUCUUCUUGAUGGACACCAUAGUUACCAUAGAAGUUCAAGCACCCUCUUAGUCAAGCCACACCAGGUUCCCUACGCCUUGUGUCUUCCUGAUGGACACCAGCGUUACCACAGAAGAUCAAGCACCCUAUUAGUCAAGUCACACCAGGCUCCCUAUGCCUUGUGUCUUCUUCUCACCAUUGUUACCAUAAAAGAGUAGAAGAUGGAAAGACUUGUAGUAUCAGUUCCUUAAAUCGAACCGUUUAGAAUAAAAUAUGCAUAAAACUCACUUAAAGAGUACUUUCGAGAAAAGCAAUAUGUUAAAGUUAAUAAAAGCAAUAACAUUUCACCGUCUCAGAAAGAUGCCUUAUAAUCAUUGCUAUAAUGAGUACAGACUUUAUAAAGCAACUUCGUGACUAUAGAAAAUGUGUAAUUCUAUAUAGAUUUUAAACUAAAGCCAUGUAUAUUUAAUUUAUUUUGUUAAACAGAAAAAAAUGUCUAUGUAAAAUAUUAUUUUCGACAAAAUGUUAAUUUUUAUUUUUUUUGUAUGCCUAUUCUUCAUGUGACUCCUAAAUGUUCCUUAUGUAGCAAUAUAAAAUGACUAUUUAAAGAGUAUGGUACACGGCAGGGGGCACUUAAGUUUUUUUUUAAUUGCAAAGAAACUUUUUAGCCGCCAGAUCCCUUACACUGCCUUUAUUGUUUUAUAGUCCACGAAGUCGGAGUUAUGUUUUUGUAGACUUUGCAAAAUUAUGUAAUUGCAGUGCUCCCGUUGACAAUCUUGUACAGAAUAUCCCCUCAUUCCUAAGAUUAAAGCUUUAUAACACAUUUGGUUAAAUGUACAGUAUUGGUUAUGUGCGUGCCAGUCUUGUCUGUUCUCCUGCAGGCAUUUUUAGGAUCUCUUAGUCGAAUUGAGUUAGAAAAUGUACAAUUUGAAAGAAAUUUUUUGUAAUUUAUAGAAUAAAACAAUUGUCAUGGUAAUAUCAAAGACUCAUUCAGUAAGAUAUAUAGGGAAAUAUUUUUUUUUCACAGAAAUUAUUUGUUUUCUCCACAAAAGUCAAUCGGAUUUACAAUGGUGCCACCUAGUGGCAAAAAUAUCAUAAAAUAUAUAUUUUUAAUCUUUAAAGGGUUUCUCUGGGAUUUACAUAUUGAUGACCUAUACUCAGAAUAGGUUAUCAAUAUGAGAUCGGCGGGGGUCCGACACCUGGCAU